AGAUUCAGGCACCCUUGCUUAUCUUCAUUCUGGGAUCAAUGUUUCCUGAUUUCUCAUUUGAGAGAAGGAUUGAAAUGUUAGGCUCCUUGUUAGUAUGGAUUGAUUGCAUCAGUUUUGAUCCACCAUCAUUGUUAUGCAGCUAUCUUCAAGGUUUCCAGACACUUCUAGAUGGUUGUGAAGCUGUACUAAUUCAAAAUAUUGAACUACUUGGUGUCAGCAUCCUUUCUGCAACAAGCCAGUCUAUAGAACCUGCUGGUUCCUUAGGAGUUGAUGGCACUAUGCUACUAGAGAAGAAUGCACAAGAUAGUGAAGAACAAGCACUAAUGAAAUCCACAGCAUAUUGUGAGAAUGAUGGAAGUCAUAAGGGUCUUUAUAAUCUGCAUCCUAAUAGUAUCAUAGAAUUUUGUGGCACCCUGGAGAAGUUCAUUUCGCACCUUACUUUAUAUAUUGAGGAUAGUUGGAAAUGGCACCAUCAGUUGGCCUCUAGGAUCUCUUUGUCUAUGGCGAAGUGUUUGUUGUUUGCAAAAUUUUUGAAGUCCAUAGUGCAAGAAGACACAAUAUCUAGUAGCAGUGAGCAAGAUGUUGCUGUGAAAAUUUCCUGUGAGCUUGCACAAAAGCAUUGGCAAAGUGCUCUUGAAGGUCUAGGAGAUAUCAUUUUGGUAAAUCAGGAAACACAGUUCUGGCAGGUGGCAUCAGCUAUGCUCGAUUAUAUAAUGGGGAUACCAAACAUCCUUGCUUGGGGUAAUGUUCUUAAUGCCACAUGCUCUGCAGUCAAGCACUUCUGUUCCCAUGCACCUAGGAUAUCCUGGAGGCUGCAGACAGAUAAGUGGUUGUCAUUAUUAGUUUCCGGUGGAAUUGAGGGCUUCAAGAACAGUGAGAUAUGUUUGAUUGAUCUUUUCUGUACAAUGUUGAAUCAUUCUGAGCCAGAGCAACGUUCUGUUGCUGUACAGCAGCUUGGGAGGAUUAUUAACAAAACAAGUUCUACUGAAGCUGAUUUGAAAUAUCCAAACUAUGACCAAAAUUUCCUCAUAUCGGGUUCAACAGUAACAUCCCUUUUGGUAACUCAUACAUGGGACAGAGUAGCAGCAUUGGCUCUCCAUGACUCUUCUAUGCUAUUAAGGAAUCAUGCAAUGGCAUUGCUUACUGAAUAUGUGCCUUUUGUUGAUAGGAAGCACCUGCAGUCCUAUCUUUCAUCCAGUAAUGGUAUCCUGAAUGGUUUGGGACAACUUUCUGGUGUAAUUGAAGAGGGCUAUUUUACACGAAUGUCUUUGCUGUUGUUUUCCAAGGCAUGUCUUUAUUCUACUCCUGAAGAUAUCACUUUGAUACCUGAAUGUGUUUGGCAGAAGUUGGAAAACAUGCAAACAUCAACAGGAGGUCUUGGAUAUAUGGAGAAAGAUCUCUGCCGAGCUCUGUGCCAACUAAAAAGUGAAUCAGAUGCUACAACUGUUGUAAAAGAAGUUCUUUCUGGAUGUACUAGUCAACCAGUCAGCCCUGAUUUCAAGAGCAUCCGUGAAUCAAUCCUUCAGGUGAUGUCCUCUUUGAGUUCUAUCGAAGCAUACUUUGAGUUCUUCUCAGCCAGAUCUGCACAAGAACAUGAGGAACUUGAAGAAGCUGAGAUUGAAUUGGAGCUUAUUGAAAAAGAGAAAUCAGUUCAUAACUUUGUUGGGCACACCGAUGAUACUAUGGUGCUUGCUAUGCCAUCAUACCACAAUGAUGGUAGUGAGGUUAAUAAACGGCUCCAGCAAAUCCGGGAAAACAUUAGGUCCCUGGAAAGGUCUAGGCUGAAAGAGGAAAUUACAGCACGCAGGCAAAAGAAGCUGCUUAUAAGACAUGCUCGUGAAAAGUACUUAGAAGAGACAAACUCCAGGGAAAUGGAGCUUAUGCAAGAGCUUGACAGGGAAAGAGCUCUCGAGAUGGAACGUGAAGUAGAAAGACAACGUCAACUGGAUAUUGAGCGUGCAAAGUCUAGGGAACUGCAAUUCAAUAUUGAUUUGGAAAAAGAGAAACAAACUCAGAGAGAGCUUCAACGUGAACUGGAGCAAGUCGAGUUGGGGCGGUCAUCAAGGCGUGAGUUCUCUGCCAAUCCCAACAGCCGCUCCAGGGAGAGGUACCGCGAGAGGGAUGGCGGCAGAGCACAGCAGGAGGCGGGGAGCUUGAGGUCGAGCAGCCGAGGCCAAGAGGGGGUCUCUGCUCAGGCGCCCGCACCGGCCGGGGCCCCCACCGUCAUGCUCGCCGGAUCAAGAACGUUCUCAGGGGGCAACCUUCCGACGAUUCUGCAGCCUCGCGAGCGCUCUGCCGACGAGGACAACGCCUGGGCCGAGGAUGCCAGCAGCAAUGGAGAUCCUGAACUGGAUGGCGUGAGGCCGCAUGGGCCACGAGGCGGCGGCAGCAGCAAGCCAUCCUCGAGGCAGGUUGUGGAGCGGAGGGAGCGGGAUGGCGGCACUGCUGCCGGCACAGGCAGGAGAGAAGGGAAAUGGGAGAGGAAGCAGCACCCGUGACUAAAAAAAAAUUUGUCCAACAAAUAGGCACGCUGAAUAGCAUGCGUUUGGCUGUUGAUGUCCACAUAUAGUAGCCAUUGCGUUAAGUCUAUUUGCUAUUGCCUUCUACGGAGGCUUCCUCAAUUGCAUUGUAUCGUAUGGACACUGGAUCAGGUCAGGCGUCUGCUCGGUCAACAGUAUCGUGCAUUGAUCAAUCAGCUGCCUUCUCAGUCAACAGUAGCCUCAGUGCCUCACACUCCUUGGAUCGUCCGCACACUCCGAGGAGCUCCAUCGCCCAGGCGCUCCAUUUGCUCCGGCGGCCUCAGCAUCCUGAGCACCAGCAGCCCGCUGUACAUCGUGGCAGUGCUGCGGUCUAAGCCUGAGGAAAAACUCGAAGCUAUAACGAGCUAACUUGAGCUAGCUCAUGAGCCGCUCGCGAGUCAAAUGAGCUAUAAUUUUAAAGAAAAAGUUGACAUAACUUAUAUUAAUUUUGUAUUACUUCAUGUCUUACAUUUUACAAAUAGUUGAUAUGUUAGCUCAUAUAAAUAUUCUGUUUGACCGAAGAUUUUUGGAUAUAUUAUUUUUGUAUUAUUACUA